GCUGUACUAGAUUUCUGGGAAAGGGAAGAUCGAGCUGUAGAAGUUGUUAGCAAAUUUGCAGUUCGCAAUUGUGCUGCUAAUUUCGUUACUAAAACAUGGAUUACGACAAGUUGAGAAGAGACUUGAAAGAAAACAAUCAAGACCAUUUGUUCCAAUACUGGGACACGCUACCCGAAUACCAGCAAUGGGUUUUCUACCAUGACCUUCGAAACAUCGACUACCCAAAGAUCAACCGUUCGUUUGAGAAAACGAUGAACGAAGCUAAAAGUAUUGAAAAGAAGGAUGAAAAGCUACAGCCAGUUCCUCCGGAGCAAGUAGGCAGCGUCAUUGGAGCAGAAAACCAAGAGAAAGUCGACAGUUGGAGAGACAGAGGUUUGCAAGUGAUCGGCGAAGGCAAAGUCGCCGUGCUGCUUCUUGCUGGUGGACAAGGCACCCGGUUAGGAGUUUCAUAUCCGAAGGGAAUGUACGAUGUCGGUUUACCUUCAGGGAAAACCCUUUAUCAACUACAAGCUGAGAGAAUCUUGAAAGUACAAGAACUGGCUUACAAACAAACCGGAAAUAAGGCCACACUUCCCUGGUACAUCAUGACCAGUGAACAUACCAUGGAUGACACUAAAAAGUAUUUUGAAGAGCACAAUUACUUUGGACUUCAGAAGAACGACGUGAUUCUGUUUGAGCAACAUACUCUGCCCUGUCUAACAUUUGAGGGUAAAAUCAUUCUUGACCAGCCUGGUAAAGUUGCUCGAGCUCCUGGAGGAAAUGGUGGUCUGUAUGAAGUUCUGAAUGAAAAGAAACGCAUUGAUAAGAUGAAGAGACGAGGAAUUGAGUUUGUUCAUGUUUACUGUGUGGACAACAUUCUGGUCAAGAUGGCAGAUCCUGUGUUUAUAGGAUUCUGUAUUGAUAAAGCAGCAGAAUGUGGCGCUAAGGUUGUAGAGAAAAAAAAGCCUGAAGAGAGGGUUGGAGUUGUGGUGAAAUGUGAUGGGAAAUACCAGGUUGUCGAGUACAGUGAAAUUUCAGAAGAAGUUCAGCAAAAGAGAGACCCUGAUGGAAAACUCAUGUUUCGAGAAGGCAACAUCGCCAACCAUUUCUUUACUGUAGACUUUUUGGAGAAAAUUGUCAAAGAACUUGAGCCAUCACUUAAAUACCACAUAGCGAAAAAGAAGAUACCUUAUGUUGACAAGAGUGGAAAUCGGCAAGUUCCAACAGAACCAAAUGGGAUAAAGUUGGAGAAGUUUGUCUUUGAUGUGUUUGAGUUUACAGAGAAAUUUGCUGUCCUGGAAGUUGCACGAGAAGAAGAAUUUUCUCCUCUCAAAAAUGGCAAAGGUUCGCCAACUGACAGUCCAGAAACAGCACAAAGGGAUUUGUUAAAUUUACAUUACAACUACAUUGUCAAAGCUGGUGGUAAAUUUGAGGACAAUGCAGAACCCAGUUCUGUAGUAUGUGAAAUAUCUCCACUUCUCUCAUAUGCUGGAGAGGGAUUAGAAGAUGUUGUCAAAGACAGACAGUUUUCAGCAACAAAGAGUGUACAUCUGACAGCCGAUGGCAAGGAAGAGAGUGAUGGUGAACUACCUCGAAAGAAGAGCAAGGAAAGCUAACGUGAUAGUGUGUACUUGUUCAUUAAACUGAUCAGAAUAUUUUAAGAAUUUUAAUGUUAAAUUUAUGUAGCUUUUUGAAAAGGGGUGCUAGAGUUUUCAUUGGUCGGUACUAUGGGAGACUUGUCAGUCAAAACUAUCAGAGGUGUAGAAGGCUUGAGGAAUUUUUUAUCAAAUCUAUAUGGCACUUAAUGCAAAUGGUAAUUUAUGUCCUUCAAGUUGAGGGAAAUCUUGUUACUAAUGAUAUAAUUUUACUAAAGGAGAAAAUCAUCAAAAAUUAUUAAAAAAAAAUAAUAAUAACAAGGCUGGGAAAGAGUGGGGAAGGAUAGCAAACAAUAAACACCACCCGUGACCUGUUCUUCAGGAGGGCUUGGACAGUCCUCUCCCGUAUUAUUGUCCUUUAACAUACAACUGAAAGGGAACAGAAGGCCAGGUCUCUAAGCUUCUCAUUGAGUCUAGUUAGUGGAAACAGUUUACAAUAGUUCGUUUAUAAACUGUUACCUAGUAAAAGUUGAAUACAUGUUUUGGAGCACAAUUUCAGAUCUUAAUGUCAUCAGUAAAUUUAUUUUGCUGAUAGUUUACAAAAUGCACCAUCAGUUUACUUGUUAUCUUUAUUUUGCCUAAGAGUUAAAUUUGAAAACAAGUAAUAGUUUGAACAGAGAUUAUGACAAAACACCAAGUUGACAAAAAUGAUGAUAAAGUACCAUUGUUUUACAAAUGUUGGGUUUAAGAAGAUGCCUGGACUCUAACAUUUAAUUAAGAAAAUAUGGUCGUCACAGCCCAGGGCAUCACUUUUUGCAAUUGAAGGUGAAGUUCUCCUUCCUUCAUGUAUGUUAGGGUACAGAACAUGUGAAGGUAGGCCUUUACUUUACUUCUUCAUAUCCCUCAACUAGGAUUUACAAAAAUAUCAUAAUAAUAGGUAUAUUCAUCUAAAAAAAAAAAAAAGAGAGAGAUUUAGAUGCAUACAAAGAUUUAGAUGCAUACGAAGAUUUACAUGCAUACGAAGAUCUAGAUGCACACGAAAUAUUUCUGGAAAAAAGUCAACAUUACUUUGAAAUCAAAAGGGAUUGAUCUGGUAGAUGUUAUUGAUUAUUCAAUUUAGAUACAAUGUAUCAUCAGUUGUUUUUAUUUCGAUUAUUUUUAUUUUACUGAUAUUUUUUAAUUGUUGUGUUGGGUUGAAAUUGUACAGUGAAAUGUUGAAGAAUAUUCUAUUAUCACAGAUUUUCCUAUAGCUAGGUUUAUUACUAAAUUAUUUGCCCAGAAAUAUUCCACUGGAACCCUGGAGCAGUUCAUAAAUUGUCUAAUUCUUCUCGCCCAGAUUGUACAACUGCUCCUAGGUUACUGAUGUCUACUGAUAGACAAACUGAAUAUUUCUGGAUUAACUUUAUUAGUAAUACAAAUCCAUAUCACACACAAUACCUUAAGCAUCUAAAUAUCUACAAGUACGCAAAAAGACAUUAUACAUGUAUGCACAUUAGAACUUUUACGUCAAGUACCAAUAGUUAGAUUUGAAUUUUGCCAAUGCAAUCAUGGCAUGGAAUAAAUUGCUAGUUUGGGAA